AUGGGGACAGACUGGUGCUGGCAGAGGGCUGGGGGCCACACUUCCAGAGAGAAGCAGUACCGGGCACAGCCCACUGUGGUUUCCAGCCGUGCUUCCGGAUUGGACCACUGUAAGCUCCAUAAGAACAGGGACUGGGCCUGUUUCCCUCACCUGGCACUCAACAGGGCUCUUCCUUUCUGUGCCGGUAGCGCUCUCGCAAACGUGGUGAACGUUCCUAAAACCUGCCGGACUCUCUGUAAGAAGUGUGGCAAGCACCCACCCCACAAAGUGACACGGUACAAGAAGGGCAAGGGUUCUCUGUACGCCCAGGGAAAGCGGCGCUAUGACAGGAAGCAGAGUGGCUCUGGUGGGCCGACUAAGCCAGUUUUCUGGAAAAAGGCUAAAACUACGAAGAAGAUUGUGCUGCGGCUUGAAUGUGUUGAGCCGAACUGCAGAUCUAAGAGAAUGCUGGCUAUUAAGAGAGGCAAGCAUUUUGAGCUGGGAGGAGAUAAGAAGAGAAAGGGCCAAGUGAUCCAGUUCUGAGCUUCAUA